AUGGGUAUCGUUUUGUCGUAUACCCCCAAACCCCUCCCGGCCCCCCCCUUUUUUAGAACCCUCCCAGCAGUGACCUUGGGUGCUCCAGACGUGGACUCCGACGGUGGUUUAUACAAUUUGCCUUCCGAGACUUUCCCGCGGGAGGGGAAAGUUUCUGACCCCCGAGAGCGGCAGCCAUCAUUAGGGAACUUCGCGUCCGAUGUAAAAGGUCCGCCUGGGAAACGAGGACCGAGAGGAAGACGAGGAAAAGAUGGGAGACCAGGAGAUUUGGGCCCUGUGGGUCCAGCUGGUCCGCCUGGAAAAAAUGGAUUUCCGGGACCGAUCGGUUUAGACGGACCUAAAGGAGAACCGGGCGAACCAGGACAGGCUGGCUCGAAAGGAGAACCCGGUGCGGGUUACGACUUGUUUGCCAAAGCUAAGGGCAUUAAAAGAUCUAUAACAAGCUUGGAAGGUGGAACUUUAGGGUAUGCCGAGAUCAUCGCCAUUAAGGGAACUGCGGGAGGUGCCUGGGAUUACAUUGACUCAGAUAGAAUAAUUACUAUUAAAGGCGACCCUGGAAGUCCAGGUCCCCCGGGCCCACCCGGCCCCAGUGGGAAGGACGGACUGCCUGGAAUGGACGGAAGAGACGGUUACCCCGGUGAAAUGGGACCCGCCGGCGUUCAGGGACCUCCAGGAGUCGUGGGUCCACCGGGCCCGGCAGGCCCUCCCGGACCCGAAGGACCACAGGGGGAGAGAGGGUUUCGAGGGCUGAUGGGAAUUCCUGGAAUGGACGGUCUUCCUGGACCGAUUGGACCAGCUGGAAUAUCUGGUCUUGCUGGGACAAAAGGUGUGGCCGGCCCCCCAGGACCGCCAGGUGAUAAGGGUCAAAAAGGUGAACGUGGCAUCACUACUGUCAACGGAAAGGAAAUUCCUGCAGGCAUUCUUGAAGGUCCGCCAGGACAGCCAGGUCCUCCAGGGCCUCCUGGUCCAGUAGGAGAAAAGGGGAUAGAGGGUCCUGUGGGACCUCCAGGGGUGGAUGGGAUCAAGGGCCCACGAGGUCCUCGGGGAAAGAGGGGGAAAAGGGGCCGCCGAGGUAUACCAGGUACAGCAGCAAAUCGAGGUCUACCUGGCCCCCGCGGCCCCAAGGGGGAACCAGGUCGCAUCGGCGAGAGAGGAGAAAAAGGUGAAAAAGGUACCAUGGGUAUAGUGGGACCAAAAGGUGACAGUGGACCACGAGGUCCACCAGGUAUUGAUGGAAUUCAUGGUGAAUCAGGCCCCCAGGGUCCACCUGGCCUUCCUGGUGCACUGGGACCAAAAGGUGAAAAGGGUGAAUACGGCGAUAUAGGACCUCCCGGUCUUAUGGGUCCACCAGGGCUUCCAGGACCACCGGGCUUGCCAGGGCUAAAGGGAGAUAAAGGUGACAAAGGUGACUCGGAUGGUCCCCAGUUGCGAUCGCCUGUUGUGAGACCGGCUCGGGGCAGACUCGGAGAUUCAAGCCAUGUUUGGACAGAAGUCGAGGGUGAAGUGAUCACAGGACCACCAGGACCCCCAGGUCCCCCUGGAGCACCAGGACUUCAAGGUCCUCCAGGUAUAAAAGGAGCAAUGGGUCUUGAUGGAGCUAAAGGUGACCCGGGUGAGAAAGGUGAAAAAGGAGAUGCUGGGCCAAUGGGACUUCCUGGUCCCAUGGGACUUAGAGGAGAAGGGGGUCGGGCAGGCGAGCCAGGCAAACCUGGUCCCAUGGGUCCACCAGGGCUUGAUGGUAUUAAGGGUGCUCGUGGAGAGAUUGGCAGAAAAGGUGAACGGGGAGAUCCUGGCCUACCUGGAACCGACGGGAUCCCAGGGGUUGAGGGCCCAAAAGGAGAAAAGGGAAUGAAAGGAGAAAGGGGUAAUCAGGGUCGACGUGGACGACGGGGUAAAAGUGGGCCAAAGGGAGAAAUGGGAGUUCCGGGUCUUGAUGCUCCCUGCCCAACAGGACCUGAUGGGCUUCCAAUGCCAGGAUGUGGUUGGCGACCUGGAGAGGGGAGGAAUAUUAUUCGACCCAUCGUUGAGGGUUUGGGAUUAGGUAAUCCUAUCAGCGCUUUUCCUGUGGAACCACCACCCUCAACUACUCCUAACUAUGAUGAAUACGAUGACUAUGGCGAUUAUGAGGAUGAGGAAGAUGAAGACUCUCUGAAAUGAGGACUUUUCAUUAACUUACUAAUGCUUCAGCAAUCCUCACUUAAAUUUGAACAACUGUAUAAUCGUCACUAGCCUGGAGUCAGUGAUGUAAUCAAGCAGUGAUGGUAAGCCUGUUGGCAGACUCAGGAGUUCUCUUGUUGUGCUCUUCCAGAAAGAAAAUGUAUUCGAGAUAUGAAGAAAAUAUGUAGUUGAUGAAAAUUCAACUGUGAUCUUUCAUAAAUCUGGUUUUAUGAAACUUACUUUAAGCUCUUCUGGAUCUGCCAGUAGGUCAAGUGAAUGAGUGAGCACAAUACAAACAGGAGUAAAUGUUCAUCGUCAGCAUAGAUUUCCCCCAUGUAAAUAGUGUACAGAAGUUUAUACUGUCUUAGUCCACAGUGACUGUGUAUAGCGAGUAUUUUUUUGUUAUUUCUGCAUUUCAUUGCUAAUCUUUAAGCAGGAGGUAUGUACCUCUUAAUUUGAACAAAGCAUAAGCUAUACAGUAGUAUAGUACUAAUGGAUGUCGAAGGUCAAAUUUCAGAUUGGGAUUUGGGUUUACACCUGAUUUGAGUUGACCUUCAAAAAAAAUUUUCUUUUUUUAACAUGACUAUCAUCCAUUUUUCAUCUACUACUGAAACUACUUUACAUUAAGAAUGAAUGAAAUUUUGAAUUGUGAAAGUGAACAUAAUCUAAAGCAUGCUUUGAUAAAUUUCAAUUGACAGUAAAAUUUAUAAAUUUUUAAAAUAUUUUUCAGAAGGAAAAAUGGACCAAAGUGAAUGAGUAUAUGUUGGAAUUAAGUGUUACUGAACACUUUCCAAAAUCCUGAAAAUAAGGCAGUUCUAAACAACGUUGGUGCAAUCUUGUUUAAUUCAACAUAUGAAAAUUUAUAUAAAUGGAAGAAAGUGUAAUUUGUAAAACUUUUAAGCUCAGUAUUCUGGAUGGAAUGCUCAUAUCUCCUUCUGUAGUUUGACCACGAUUGUGCUACUUCAGCCUAGCUAGCAAUUUAAUGAAUAACUGCUGUAGUUUAGUAAUUGUUAUACAAUAUGUUUCCCUUUUAUGUUAAAAGGUAUGCAAGACUUUAUUUUUCAUACGUCAGUUAAUUUUCUUUUAUGUCAUGCAAUACACAUUGAGUAACAUUUCUCGUGAUAUGAAAAGUAUUUUAGGAACGUUAAGUUUAGAUAGGUGACAUAUUAAAAAAUUGUUUAAACAAGCAAAUUUAGGUAUGUCAGAAGUUACUUGGGACAGAAAUUAAAGUCUUAUGAAGCCAAAUAUACAGUAACUUAUGGGCUGGAAUAGGUUAUACAUACAUAUCACACACUUGAUCACAAGCAACAUACACCAUGUUACUGAUGGUAAUUGCACUAUUUUACCUUUGUAUUAUCUCAAGAAAUUGAUGUUUAUUCUGAAUAUUUUUUACAUGUUUAGUCUAGUGCAAUGUCCCAUAUAGCCACCUUUUUAGAUUUAUGUAGUACAUAAUUAAAAGUGACUAUGUAGCACUUUCUAACAAAGCAGGGAAAUGAAACAUGUCUUGAGGAACUAUAGAUGCAUAUCAUACAGUUAAUUGCUUACCUUCACAUUUAUUGCCAGAUCAUUUAUAAUUGUUUUGUUUCUGCAUCAUAGUUUAGAUAAAGUUUGAGGAAAAACAAAUUUAAUAUAUUUAAAUUCUUCGGUGUUACAAGCACUUUAUAAAAUAUGAAAUAUUUUUUAGCCAUUAUUUUACAAAUAAAACCCUGCCUUAAACCGUAACUACAAGUAUAAUUUUAAGAUCUGUUGAUACUUAAUUUGCUGAUAAGUGUGUUAACUAAUGUUUCAAAUUUAUUUGAAUUGAUGUGCUAAAUAUUGAAAACAACAUGGGAUUUUAUUAUUGCUCAUAUUUCAAAAAGAGCAUUAACAUAUAAAUUCCUUACAACCUUUGUAAAUAGAAGUUCUUCAGACACCUAAAGCAUACAGAAAUCUAUGACACUGAUGAACUUCAGUUUGGCAUAUCCUGCCAUUUUUCAGUUUAGCUCUGGAUAUCUUAUGUCUCAUACCCACUAUAACCUUUGAGCUAUUGAAUCACAGAAGCUUCUAAAACACCAUAAACGUGUUUUAGGAGGUCUUUAACAGCAUUUGAAAAAUUAAAGUUUACAUAAUGAAACUGAAUAUAGUAUACUGGAGAUGGCUUCACACUAACAUUUUUUAACCAUAAACAUUAAAGUGGGUAUAAAUUAUAUUUGAUCAUGCUUGGGUAAAUGCAUUGAGUCUGUGCUAUACUUUAUCAAGCUUUGAAAUAUUUGACAGAACUACUUUUGUUUAUUUGAUAGCUUCCUUUUACAGGAAUUUGGAAACUUACAAAAUGUAACGAGAUUAUUUCAGAUUCCUAAGACAACUUUUAUUUUCAGCUCAGGAUGGAUGCUUCCAUUAAUUCAUGUAAUACAAAAACUCAAGUGCUCCACAAUACCUAAUGUAGUAAUAUUUUUAUAUGGCUGCAGGGUUGUAUUAUUUAGGUGAAGAAAGUUUACUGCAGUAAACAUUUAUUUCAUAGUAAAUCUUAGAUUUUAAAAUUAGACAUACUUUUACAUAUUUUACUGUGGAUUUUAUGAAAAUUAAUUUUAUGAAAGUCUAAAUUUGCUCAAGUGUAUUGGAUGCUCAUUGUUCUUUAAUGACCAUUAUGCUUUGUAAUGCAGUGUAUUAUAUGAGAAACCUGCUAGCACACUUCAGUACUCUAGGUAUUUUUAAGUUAGAAAAUUUUUCAUAAAUGUAUGUUCAGAAAUUUCAUGGAUUUUAUACUAUAACUUUUAUAACUUUAGAGCAGUUCACAUUCUGCUCAUCAUCUCUUAAUUCUUAUUGAAUUCAUAUAUAGUUCCUUGCAGUCCUUAAUAUUUAUUUUUUCAUAAUCAUAGUCAAUAAAGUCAAAUGUAUUUUGCUUGAAAUACCGUAAAACAAAGUUAUUGUUGACGCUCAACAAUAAAAUAAACUCAGUUACUCAGGAUGAACCCUGUGUAAUAAUAAAAAUUGCAUAGAGUUGACACUACUGCACAAAGUACCUUUUUUCCUAUUUGCUGAUGGUUUGAAUUCAAUUUCGACAGAUUUAUUUUCAGGGGACAUAUUCCUAAAACCUUGGAUAUUUCAAGGUGCACAAAAUUGACAGUUCUUUUUCACAAUGACUUUUAAGUGAAAAAGGCACAGAAAGGCCUUAUAAUGAAAGUACUUCUUGCUACAAAAAGCCCAUGCUGUGUGCAAGUGAUUAUGGUCUUCUGAGUGCCAUCUUGAUUUGCGUUGCUGUAUAAAUGAAAAUAUUCUCACUUGUUUAAGGGAUUAAGAAUUUUGGAUGUAUAUAUUGAUGCCCUCCAGAAUGUUUUUGCAUGUGUUUAGUAACAUAGGUUAGGACAAUAAAUUACAUUUGUUUAUUUUUAUUAAGAAGUAGAAUCUCAAAAUAAUGUCUUAUUAGAAUGUAUGUCAUUAUAGUUACCAUAUGAUUUCUUUGGAUCUCUAGUCAAUAUGUCUAUAUGAUAGUGCUUUACUUAAUUAUGAAGUAUGAAGAUUUGAUGAAUAUUUCUCAACCUGUUAAAACAUUACAGUCUAAUACAGGCUCAUUUUUUAUCAUUUUUAUGACUAAAGUUCUUGGCUGGAUAUGGGAUAGUUUCAUCAAAACUUCAGCCUCAUAAAAGUACAGAAUAUAUAACCUAGUGUUGUUAAGAAAAUAGAAAUCACAAUUUGAUGUUCAAGUUACAGUGCUGACACUCACAUGCCUUGAGAAAUACAACAAAGUUUAUGCAUAACUUACUGUAAUUAAAUAGGCAAGAGUGUUCUGAGAAAAAUAUAAUUUUGUAUUCAUGAAAAUCUGUAAAAAAAAAAAAAUCCAAUAAUUUUGUUUAUUACAAUUGUGUUACUCGCAUCCAUGACAAGGUUUUAUGUGAAAAUUUUCAAAUAGCAUAAUGUUUUCAUAUGAAUAUGGUAUUUCAAACAUUUACAACUUUAUCUACAACAGCAUCAAAUUCUCCAAACUGAAAAACUUGAAAUCUUUUACUGUACUGAUUUAAGUCCAUUGGGAUCAUGACAGGCUUUUGAAUGACUUGACUAAUGUAGUUAUAAAAUACUCAAGGUAAAAGUUAAUCUUUGGAGAAUGCACCAUUUACUAUCUACUAUAUAUGUGCUAUGUCAUGUAACAAAAAUUAACUACCAAUCCUUCUGUCUUAUUAAGAAUAUUUUCAAGUCACAGAAUCAGAUGUGACUAUCUGCACUGUUACAUUUAUAGACUGCAUAGUGAAGUACAGGAGAAAAGGGACAUUACGAAUACUGCAUCUAUUUUUUGCAUAUGUUAUGUUAACAGUGGAUGUAGUAACUACAAAUAUAAAAUAUAAUCUUAGGGACCCAUCAUUAUUAUUAUUAUAUAGAAUUUUUAUGCCUUUGCAUUUUGUAUAAAUGAAAAUGUAUUCCUAAGUAAAAUUGUUGCAUUCUGUUUAGGAUUAAGCUUUAAAUCAAAGUUUGGCAUAGAUUUAUACAGAUAUACUUAAGUGUUAGGAUAUUUACAAAUCAGGAACUUCCAUUAAAGGAAUGCAUACGGUGACUAUACUAUGACUAUGAUAUGAAGACCACAUUUCCUAAAAAUGAAGUGGGUUUAAUGAUGAAAAUUGGACUCCAAUUUCCUUCAUAACUGAUGAAGUUUAAAGUAUAUUCACGAUUCACUCUGGUUCAUUGUUGAGUUUUUUCCAGUAGUAUAUGAAUUGACAAAAGGUUUGUGAAGGAAAUUCAGUUAUGAGUAAUCAUGGUCACAGUUAAUUACCAACAAAAGAAUCCACUAAAUGGGUUUAUCCCUUAGGGUAGUCUUCAGGAUACUGAAUAAACAGUGUUGGUCAAGCCUAGUGCAGAGAUUUAUGCAGGUGUAUAUUACAGUAAAGUAUAUAUAAAUUGAUAUGUAGUGCUAGAUCCAGAGCAUUUGGUUUGGUAAAUUUAUUUCAGAGUAGAAAAGUGUGUGAUCACUGUAGGCACUGCAAAUGAGGAUUUUAUAAGAAUCAAACCUGUGUUCAUAUAAGGUUUGAAUAUUGUAAAGCUUGUAAGUUAUGAAAUAAAAUCUGUGUAUGAUUGUG